UUCGCAUUGAGUGACGGGAUCGACUUUGAUCUUGAGGACGCCGAUAUUGAUUCAGCCAAUCCUGAGGGGUACAAUGCACUUUGGUAUCGCUGGCUGGACUCCACCUCCGCUUCCUCUAUAAAAAUGGGCAUAGAGGAUGACCUGAAGGCUUGGGCGGUCUCUUCGGGAAACAUGAAAUCCGCCAGAGGCAAGUUUCCUUGCAGGUUGUCGCAGUACUUCGAGAUUUAG